GCGAGUUGACCCCAUCUGCGGCGGGCGAAACAAAGUCAACCACCGGGCGGGGACUCGGAAGUCAGCCGGGCGAUGGAUGCGGCGGCGACGGGGGCGGUGCGGGUGGAGAAGGUGCGGGGGAGGUCGGCGCUGACCCAGUGCUUCGCCAGGUACCCGCUCAAGCUCAUCGCCCCCUCCAAGGUGGGGCCCGCCUCCUGCGACGCCGUCUGGCUCUACGCCCUCACCUACGGCGGCGGCAUCGUCUCCGGGGACACGAUCUCGUGCACGGUCAGCGUCGGCGACGGCUGCACGGUGGCGAUCACCACGCAGUCCUCCACCAAGGUGUACAAGGCCGUGGGUUCAAAAUGUUCUGAGCAGUUGCUAGAGCAGGCCAGAGUUGGAGAAGAUGCUCUGCUUGUUGUUAUUCCAGACCCUGUAACCUGUUUCCGGACCGCUCAGUACUACCAAAAGCAAGUAUUUCAAGUCUUUGCCAAUUCGAACUUGGUACUUGUAGAUUGGUUUACAAGUGGUCGUUAUGAGAGUGGAGAAAAAUGGGAUUUUAGAUUCUACAAGAGUGUCAACCAUAUUUUCUUGGGUGAUCAGCCUCUCUUUAUUGACUCGGUUCUAUUGGAACAAGGCUCAAAUUCUACUAUUGCUGAGCGGAUGCAGGAAUACAAUGUGAUCGCAAUGGUUGUAUUACUGGGGCCAAAGCUGAAGCACAUACAAGAUCAGAUGCAAGACGAAGUAAGAAAGCUGAUGUCUGUGCAACUGCGCCCUCCCACAUCUGGUGGAAGCCGCUACGCAAUGAGAUCACAAUCAUCCCUACAUCCCCAAAGGCCUCCACUCAUCGCCUCUUGCAGCCCUUUUGGUCACACGGGUACCGGCAUGGUUGCUCGGGUAGCCGCGGUGAGCACAGAAUCUGUAUACAGCUUCUUGAGACAUCAUCUGGCAGCACUGGAAGCGUUCCUUGGUGCUUCCCCUUAUUCUGCAUCCUGAAGCUGACAGGCUGAGGCUGCUUAUGUUCAACAGAUCGUUGACCUUCACUUUACAUGAAGAAUGACGCUGCAAAUUGUUCGAUAUGCCUCUCGAUGUUGUAGUCUUCAUCUCGCAGCCAUGGAGAUGGAAGAUGGUAAUUUUGAUCAGAGAGUUCUCUGGUCAAUGUUUCUGAUUUCAGUGGGCUAGUCUGAAAUGUCAGAAUUCGUUGGGUGAAAUUAUGUUAGCUGAACCUGAUAUACGUUGUAAAUCAGAAGGUUGUCGCGCUGAUGCGUCCGUGGUACUUCUCAUCUAUCAUAACCUCAAUACCAGCUUGAAAACGUUGAAACUUUCA